AUGUCUAAUAAUGAAAAUGUUGAUGAUGUUGGUGCUGGUGCUGGUGCUGAAGACGGCGGUGGAACUACACGUCGUAAGGUCAAUAAAUGGCAUGCAUCACUUCGUUCAGUCAUCGAAAGAACGUUCGGAGUUUGGAAAAAGAAAUGGAGAAUCCUUGAUAACUUGCCUCGCUAUGACGUCAAGACCCAAAAUAGAAUUGUGCAUGCAACAAUGGUUCUUCACAAUUUUAUUAGGCUUCACAAAAUUCCAGAUGCUGAUUUUGAAGAUAGUGAUAGCAGUGGUCAAGCACAACAAAGACGACGGAUUGAAGAAGAAGAGCUUAGUAAACUUGAAGAAGAAGAAAUAACAAUGGAUGGUCAAUAA